AUGACAACAUCCAGUAUUUCUCGGGAUGCAAAAAUUCCAACCCCUGAUGAUAUUACUAGUAGUAUAAAGAAUAACAGAACCUUGUUAAAUGACAAUAACAAAAACGACAAACUGGAAUUGCCAGACGCAUAUUUCACAUUUCAAAACAAUUAUCCCAAAUUAGCGACUACACCAUUAACACUAAAAUACUGGGAAAUGCAAAGAACCGAUUCCGGUCAAUCAGUUAUCAGAGUUACGACAGAUUCCACAACGCUUCAGAUUGCUCGAAGGAAUGAAUUAUAUCACUUCACUAGUGCUGAGAACAGAAGUACAACUACCGAUGACAAUAGUGCCAGUGGUAGUUUAAACUCUGAUAGCAAUCGGAUCGAAUUUACUAAUUUGAAGGAAAAAUCAUUACUUUCUCCACCAACUAAUCCGCCAGCAAUUUCUGUCAACAGCAUUUUAGCAAAGAACGAGCUUAUUUCAGACGACAAUUUAGAAACCACAACCACUUCCGCUGAAACUAUUUUUAUUACUAGUCUAAAUUUAUUUUCCACAGCUUUAACCUCAGAGGAAAGCCAAAAAACUCGAUCUAGUCCAGCAAAAAUUAAUUUGGCAGAGGACAAUAUUGAUUUUGAUUCCGUGGAAACGACAUCAACCAGAUCUUUCAAAUUGAUGCAGACCACUGGUGUCGAAGACUUGACAUUCAACAUGGAGGAAACUAAUUUUUUAUUCGAAAACCUUCCAUCACCUCUAGAGAUUGAACGUUCAUCAGUUUCUACAUUUCACCUACAAACAUUACCGGUGCCAUCAUCAUCAUCAUCAUCAUUAUCAUCAUCAUCAUUAUCAUCAGCGACUACAAAAACAACAGUCGUCAUCGAUGAUGAUGGUCUAAUGGAAUUUCUACCACUUACUGAUAAACUCCUAUCGAAUGAUAACGGAGAAGAAAAUCAGCUGAAAUCAGGGAACAAUGAGGAAUCAGAAAUAACAAACAGUGAAAAUUUCUAUCAGAAAACCCCGGUAGUAUCUCAAAAUGUUGAGUUUGACGAAUUAAACGAGAAAGAAACUGAAAUUAAUCUGAUCCACAAUCAAAAUGAACAAUGGCAACCUGAAAAAGAACGAACACUUACUGAUAGCAUUUCAACAGCGUCUUUACCAAGCAGUGAUCCAAGUUCUGGUCCCGUCGAGUUAUCAUCCAUUUUGGGUAAUCAAAUUGAUAGCGCAUUUAGCAAUCUGUUUCAUCUGGAAAAGGAACAAAUGGGUAUAUCAAUACCGAAAUAUGAAAAUUCGGCAACAGGAGUAAUCCUUGCACAAAUACCAAAGCAGAACGGUGUCAACACUGUCAUGAUUAAUACAGCUGGUGACACCACUAACACCGAUAUAUCGAUCAAACGUGGAAUUAUGAAGGGAGAAAUAUUAGAGAAGCAAAAAUCAUUUAUUGCCGGUAAACCUGUUACUUUGGAAUUAUGGAAUCCCAUAAUUUACGGUAAGGAUUUGUUUAUAAAUGGAUUCCAAAAUGAUUAA